UGCUUGCAUUACAGUGCCCGCAUCUGUAUGUGGCUACGUUAACUCAACACGUAGUGUCUUAGGGAUGAUCAUAGAAGGGCAGUGGUGACCGGCAAUUCGGAAUUCCACAACAAUAUCAUUUAGGUGACGAAUACGACUCCCUGAAGACUUCCACAUAAUUAUAUAUAUUACUAUAAAACGUUAACGCAAGAGAACAACCGAUUCCGACCAUCCGCUGAAACAGAUUCCACCUGGAGACGGCUACAUCACUUGAAGAUGAAGGAGGAGAGUAAAGCUUCAUUUGAUGUUGCUUUGUCUGCAUUAGGUGGCCAAUUCGGCUGUUCCAUUCAAGGGCCAUUCGAAGCAAUAGACGAGGCUGAAACCUUGAAGAACCCAGAUGAAAGUACAGUCACCCCUCCACCAGAUGGAGGCAAAGGUUGGUUUAUCUUAUUGGCGGCCUGUCUUCUACUCUCCGCAAGAUCCAUAUAUAUUAUACUUCAGCCAAACUCAUUAUCAGUUGCGCAAAGUCCCGAAACAACCACACCAGCAGAAAAGACAUCGAGUGUCAACGGGAUCUCAGGUCUGCAGUCUACAACGGCCUUUCCCCAUGGAUCUCCAGCUCGGGGGGCAGGAGUGCCACCAUCUGCAGGACAGCCACAAGGCGUGGGACUACUAGACAAUGUCGAGAAGGUACUGAUGGUGACAGAACUGAUUCAGUUAAUGGACAAGUUCAACGCUGGAGAUCACACUGUUGUUCCUAACAUUACCUCGAUCCUGUUUGCACUGAACAAAACCAGCGAGGCAGAACAGUUUCUCGAGGCAUUCAGGAAACUCCAGGUCCAGACCAGCCCUGUUGUAACCACUGUCAUUGCCACGAACAACGUCUUCUCAUCAGUAUUUGGUGUGUUCAGCAGUACACUGGUAAUGCUAUUUGGUUAUCGUUGCACGGCGGUGGCGGGAAGUCUAGUCAUUGGAUGUGGGAUAUUGGGUACAUACUUCUGUGAUCACUCGAACAUCGCUCUAGUUGCGUUCCUGUAUGGUGUUCUGACAGGCAUUGGACAGAGCAUGAUCAACGUCUCUGGUCUUUCGGCCGUUCUGGAGUAUUUCAAACGAAAACGGGUUAUUGCUCUGAUACUGUUGAGUAUUGGAAAUUUGCUAAUGACUCUCUUGGCUGUGCUCCUAAUGGUACUUGUCUUCCCAUCUGUGGGUAUGGACAACAGCAGAUCGUAUUUCAUCAUGCAGUUUGUAAUCACUGGCCUCCUCGUCCCAAUCAGCUUGAUGCUGAAGCCACUGAACCUAAGGAUGAAAGGCUCUGCCGGUAGAAGUCUCAUCUCAAGACAGAUGGGAAUUAAAUGUUUUGUGGUCUACAAGAAUCCAGCUCUUUAUACAGUCACUCUAGCAUUUUUCUUCUGGGAAGCAGGUUUCGCCAUCAUCAACAAGAAGCUGCCUGGCUUUAAAGGGUUGAUAUCCAUCCCUAAUAUGCCCGAUGGAAUGCUGCUGACCCUAAUUCUAAGCGUCGCAUUGAUGUUGGGCAUUGGGAUCGCAUGCUUCUUCAUCAAGACCACCCGGCUCAGGACGACCAUCAUCAUAUUCUGUGUAAACUGCGUCAUCAUCUGUUUCUUCAGUGUCCUGGCUAGUCAGUUGUACAAGGAGAUCUACGCUACUGUGUAUUCCGCAGUGGUCGGUCUGUUCAAGGGGUUUACAGAUCCGGUGAUGCUGUUCACCGUCCCCGUGUUUGUUGGGGAAACCAACGUGGCCAUCGGCAUUGGCAUGGUAACAGUGGGACAGGGCCUUGGAUCAUUCAUCCUGCCUUACCUUGCAGAUGAGAUCGACAGAAGAACAAAGAAACUCGACCUGUGUUUCUAUCUGGUGGGCGGUUUGUAUCUGUUGGCUUCUGCAGCUAUGCUUCUGACCUACGUCUUACACAAACGGGCAAAGGUUGAAGAUUCAACUGCAAGGAAAUCUGAUGAAAAGGUCGAGGACCAUCAACAACCAACCAGCUCUCCAACCGAAAUCAAAGAUGGAGACACAUCCUCUCAUGAAAAGGGUAAUGAACCGUCCCCUUCAAAUAAUCAUGCAGAGGACGCGAAUUUACAAAUAUUUACCGUAUACAAUUCGGACAUUGAACAAGAGAGAUAAAGAGGUCAUAUGCCACGGAAAAGAACCAACGUUUGCUUGAGCUAAAGCAUGUUUGCUUCACUAGUGUUUAACAUAAUUUUUGUGUGUCAAAUUGUGUUACUGUGGUUUGACUAGGGAAUGUCACAAAACAAUACCAAUUCCAUCAGACUGUGAAAAAAACAUGUUUCCCAGGUGAGUCACAAGUACAGUCAAGUCUAACGGAUCAUUACACAGAGGAGUUAAAUGCACUGUGUAAACAUGAUCACGAGCUUGUGUGGAACUUAUACCGGGCCCGCUUGCACAAAGCGAUCUUAGUGCUACGACUAUUGUAAGCCUAUGUAAAAAUAUUGGAGUUACGAUCAUCUUAGCGCUAAGAUCGCCUUGUGCAAGUGGGUCCUGGAGUCAUGUUGAAUCUUUAUGUAAUGAUAAUGAUCAUACACCAUAGGUAUAUAAAAAUUAAAACACAAAUACAAUGACGUGUUUCCUUGCAUGGUUGGAGCUUCCUUGUAAUUGUAUAGCUUAUAGUUGUUGUAUCAGUUAUACUGGUAACAUUUGACCUUGAUAUUGAAUUAGUUUGGGCUGUUUUUUGUGUGUUGAUAUAUGUUGUGAGUACUAACCUUUCGUGUAUACCCAUAGGUAUCAUAAUAAGUCGCGUUUCAUUUCACCAAUUCUAAUGUUGACAUGUCAGCAACAUUUCAUUAUAGAAUAUGUCUAGAUAUUCUAGUUCCAAUCUUUGUUACUUAUGUAUCACUUCACAUUUAUCAAAGGAUCCGCUGAUAUUAAAUUUGGACUGUUUAGGUAACUUCAUUGAAUAUAACUAUAAAAUUAAAUAGAAGAUUAUCAGUUACAGUAUAUAGUAAGGCCAUUCAAAAUGAAUGUUAAGAUUUUCAUCCCAACCCGUCUCACAACCGACAGCUACAGACGAACAAAACAUAUAUACGUGUACCCUUCUUACUGAACUGGAUGAAACAGACUAUACUGCAGUCCGUUCAAACAUUCAUAAUUCGUAUGAAUGGCACCCGUCGAUAGAAUUUUUCACAGAUGCCUUCAAAUAAAUCAUAUAAAAUGGCUCAAACAUACAGGACAAAUUUGGUUGAAAAUCUAAUAAUUUAUUAUGGUCUAAUCAUUUGGAUUUGUCUACCAAAUAAUGAGUUCAAGACAGAACUUGUCUUAGUGGGAGCAUGAAUCACAAACGAACAAUGGAUUGAAUCAAACACACCUCAUUCUGAUUGUUGACAUAUUUAUUGUAAACAUUGACUAGAUACAAUGCUUAAACAUUCAGGUAUUAUUACAGAUAUCAAUAAUCCAUUGAUUAACUUAGGUAAACAUAUAAUACAAUACCAGUGUGUAUAAGUGAGUUAAAACAUUGUUAAAACCCCACAGACCAUCCCAUGUAAUGUCGAGAUUUAGGUACUUUUACACAAGCUGAGUGAGUUGGGUUUAACGCCGCUUUUAACAGUAUUCCAGUUAUAUUGCGGCGUGUCAGCUUAAUGUGGGAGG